AUGAGAUUGGGAAGCUGGAACAUAGGAACCUUAACGGGUAAAUUGAGGGAGUUGGCAGAUGUUUUUGCUAGAAGGAAAGUGAAUAUUGUUUGUUUGCAAGAAACUAAGUGGGCUGGAGAAAAGGCCAAGGAAGUGGAUGGAACGGGUUUCAAGUUAUGGUACACAGGUACAAACAAGAGUCGAAAUGGUGUUGGAAUUAUGAUCGACAAAAGUUUCAGAGAUAAAGUUGUGGACGUCAAAAGGAAAGGCGACAGGAUUAUUCUGGUUAAGCUUGUUGUGGGUGACUUAAUCCUGAAUAUCCUCAGUGUGUAUGUACCCCAAAUUGGAUUGCAACCAACUGAUAAAAGCCAAUUUUGGGAAGACUUGGAGGAGGUUUUGAGGGGAAUACCUCGAGAGGAGAAGAUUUUCGUAGGAGGAGAUCUAAAUGGUCAUGUUGGUAAAAGCAAUGGAGGUGUUGAUAGAAUCCAUGGAGGCCUAGCCCAGAACUAUAUUGAAAGCUGA